GGGCAUAUACGUCAUUCAAUCUAUUUCUUCAUCGAAAGCAGUGUGCUAGCUUUUUUUCUAUGGUCGGGGCAUAACCAGGAAUUAGAGAGAGAGCGAAGAAGAGAGAGAAAGGGCGACGGAGAUUCAGUGCUUCGUUAUACUCUGUCUCGAAAGUCAAUCAGAGUUAGGGUUUAAUCUGUUCUAUCGCAAAAGAAGCAGGAGAACUUCUGUUUCAUACGAAAGCAGUCUUCUCUCUCGCUUGCUCUUCUGCAAAACCCUAAUCACCCCCUAAAAAUUCGGCUGCUGCACUGACUUUCGCCUCCGCUUAACUUCCAUGGGUGCUCAGGAGAAGACGCCCACCGAGAGUAAUCCGCUGCAGCGCGUUAAGGUCUAUCGUCUAAAUGAUGAUGCAAAGUGGGACGAUCAAGGCACAGGGCAUGUAACUGUAGAUUAUCUGGAGGUGCCGAGAUCUGAAGAAGUUGGCUUGCUUGUAGUUGAUGAGGCUGACAAUGAAACACUGCUUCUUCAUCGCAUCAGCUCAGAAGAUAUUUAUCGCAAACAAGAAGAUACCAUAAUUUCUUGGAGAGAUCCAGAGUAUUCAACUGAACUGGCCCUCAGCUUUCAAGAGACAACUGGAUGUGCUCACAUAUGGCAACAAAUCUGUAGUGUUCAAAGAAAUAUGCAGAUCAAUAAUCUCAACAUUUCAGGUGAUAGGUAUCACACUAUUAAUAGUGAGUUGAGGGAGUUGCCUGCGGUUGAAAUAUCAAACCUCCCUUUGAUACUAAAGGCUGUUAUGGAGAGUGGCAUUGCUGAUCAGCUGCAUAUGAUGGAACUCAUGUUGCAUGAUGAAGACUUUUUCAGAAAGUUGAUGAGCUUAUUUAGAAUAUGUGAAGAUCUUGAGGACAUGGACAGUCUUCAUAUACUUUUCAAAAUUGUUAAGGGAAUAAUUUUUCUCAAUAGUUCCCAGAUUUUUGAAAAAAUAUUAGGUGAUGAAUUGAUCAUGGAUAUCAUUGGGUGCCUUGAAUAUGAUCCUGAUGUAACUCAUGUCCACCAUCGCAAUUUUUUGAAACAGAAUGUGGUUUUUAAGGAGGCUGUACCUAUUAAAGACCCAGUAUUGCUGUCAAAGAUACAUCAAACAUACAGAGUUGGCUAUAUGAAGGAUGUCAUUUUGCCUCGAGCAUUAGAUGAUGCUACUGCUACUACGCUUGCUAACGUAAUACAUUCGAAUAAUGCAUUUGUUAUAUCUGUCCUGAAAGACGACAACACAUUCAUUCACGAACUAUUUGCAAAGCUAAAAUCUUCAACAGUUUCGGGCGAGUCAAAGAAAAAUUUGGUACGUUUCUUGCAUGAGUUCUGUACUUCAAGUAAAAGCCUGCAGAUGGUCCAGCAGCUUCGACUCUUCAAGGAUCUUGUCAAUGAAGGCAUCUUUGAUAUUGUCAGUGAUGUGUUGCAGAGUCAAGACAAAAAACUAAUAUUAACAGGGACAGACAUUCUCAUUCUUUUCAUGAAUCAGGACCCAAACCUUUUGCGCUCUUAUGUAACUCGUCCGGAAGGCCUUUCCUUGUUUGGGCUUUUGGUAAAAGGCAUGUUGACUGAUUUUGGAGAUGAUAUGCACUGCCAGUUCCUUGAAAUUCUUCGCAGUCUUUUGGAUUCAUAUACAUCGGGAUCACAGAGAGAUAAUAUUGUUGACAUAUUCUAUGAGAAGCAUGUUGGACAACUAAUUGAUGCCAUAACGUCUUCUUGUCCUCCAAACAACAAUUCGCAAAUUGCUAUCAAUUCUUUGAGCUAUUGUGAAGGAGCUGAGAAGCAGAGCAGUGUAAAGCCUGAAAUUCUACUCAACAUUUGUGAUCUUCUGUGCUUCUGUAUCGUGCACCAUCCUUAUAGAAUAAAGUGUAGCUUUCUUCUUAACAACGUGAUAGAGAAAGUACUGUUGUUGACUGGGAGAAGAGAAAAAUAUCUUGUAGUAUCUGCAGUUAGAUUUAUGCGAACUCUCAUAUCUCGGAAUGAUGAGCAUGUAAUGAAUCACAUAGUGAGGAACAAUCUUUUGAAACCAGUUGUUGAUGCUUUCGUUGCCAAUGGCUGUCGGUAUAAUCUUUUGAAUUCUGCUGUUCUUGAACUAUUUGAAUACAUCCGUAAGCCAGAAACUUUAAAAAUGUUACUUAAAUAUUUGGUGGAUACAUUUUGGGACCAGCUAGUCAAAUUUGACAACUUUUCAUCUAUUCAAUCUUUAAAAUUAAAAUAUGACCAGGUUCAUGAUACCUCAGGAGGACGAACUGUUUCUAAUGUGAUUAACUCUCGGAAAAGAGGUGAUGAACGUGCUUUGGAGAAAGAAGAGGAAGACUAUUUUAAUCAGGACAGUGAUGAUGAAGAUUCUGCAUCGGUUUCUGUGUCAAAUGCUAAACAACGAACCCAACCUCGGCGAGUCUUGGCUAAUAAUGGUUCUGCCCUCAGCCAUACAGCAGUUAGGUCUGGGGGGCUUGUUGAUUAUGAUGAUGAUGAGGAUGAUGAAGAUUACAGACCACCCCCUAAGAAACAAUCAGGUCCAUCUAAUGAAGAUGGAGGAGUAGAGUCUUUCCCGUUGAAACGGAAACUUUGCUCCAAGGAAGAGCCCAUCUCAAAAAGGGUUCACCGGGCAGCAUCUAAAACAUCAAAGUCACGUAACAGUGUCUUUGCUGCAUUGUGCUCAACAUUAAGCCAAGCAGUUUUGCCAACUAAUAACAAGACAGCAAAUAUUGCUUCAGGGGGUGAUUUAGCCUCCACAUCAGACGCAAAGGAGUCAACUACUGAAGCUAGCCGUGAGAAAAGUUGUGGGGACUCUGAUUGUAAUGGAAGCUCCGAAACUAAGAGUAGUGUCGAUAAGGAUGCGGUUUCUUCUCCUGCAGCCUUUUCCCAAGGUUUAUCAUCCAAUUCUCCUGAUAAUAAUAACAGGCAGUUUCGAGAGAUGCAACCAAAGUCUUCUCCUGAAAUGGCUGUGAACGGAUCGUGAUUUCAUGCUCUUUGAGAAUAAUCACAUUUCUCCUUUCACAUCUCUGGAUUAGUUGCAAAGUGGAAUGAAGGAAUACUUACCUUCAGAAGAUGAUGAUUGCCAUCGUUACCAGAAAGAGGUCACAAUGUACAGUGCCAUUGUAAGCACAGGGAGAUUAUCUCUGCCAUGCUUUAAAGCUUCAGCGCGAAUCAUUUACUCCUGAAGCCAUUCCAUAGGGGCAUAGUUUUUUCUUUAUUUAAUCAAAUCUCAUUUUCGUUCUCCAUUUUAUUUUCUUCAUUAUGUAUGUGAAUGUCUUAAGUGACUGACUUACUGGUGGCAAGCUUCACCCUGCAGGGUUUUAUAUUUGACGAUAUGAAAUUUUGAAAUAGCGGGUGUUUGAAGGAUGUGCUUGUUUUAUGUCCUAGGCUUCUCUUCACUUGUUAUGUAAUUUUAACCCGAAAGAAAAUUGUACAUUAUGGUUCCCAGGAGACAACAAAUGUGUGGAUAUUAUAUCAAUCAUAUUUGAUCUGAAUGUGAUAUUUACUAGCUGUUUGUGCGGUCAU